AUGAGCGAGGAACAACCGAAAAGCCGUUUUGAUAGUCAGGUUACUCUGGAAGAACUGAGAGCGCGUAUUCAGAAAUUCGCGGAGGAGCGAGAUUGGGACCAGUUCCAUACUCCACGAAAUCUACUUCUUGCCAUGAUGGGUGAAGUGGGAGAGGUGUGUGAGAUUCUCCAGUGGAAAGAAACGGUCUCCCCAGGUACGCCGGAACUUUCGGAAGAGGAACGUGUUCAUCUCGGAGAAGAGUUGAGUGACGUUCUGAUUUACUUGAUCCGUCUUUCGGAUCGGUGUGGAAUUGAUUUGCCCUCGGCUGCGAUUCGCAAAAUGGGUCUCAACGCGAAGAAGUAUCCAGCUGAUGUGGUUCGAGGAUCAAGCAAGAAGUACAAUGAAUACCAUUCGUAA